AGUUCUGAAGGUCCGGGAAAAAGUAGGAGACCCAUAAUCAGAAGCAUCACAUUUUAAUUUGUUUCAGCAAAGCAUACAUCAAUUUUAAACAAAGAAUCUGGAAUUAGGAAAAGUGUCAAUAAAGAGACAUCAUGCUAAAAGCAGAAGAGUUAAAUGGGUUUUUUGUUUUCAACAGCUGAGUGCCGAUGCAAGAAGAUAGAUCCAAAAACAAGAUUGAACUGUGGACCCCCUGGAAUCACCCCCCAGCAAUGCACGGAGAAUGGGUGUUGCUUUGAUUCAUCUGUUCCAGGAGUGCCGUGGUGUUUUGGUCCAGCCCCACCAACAUAUAAGGAGGUAUGCCCUACAGAAGUGAAAGCCAGGAAGAACUGUGGAUAUCCUGGGAUCCCUGCUGAUAUAUGUGAGAGCAGAGGAUGCUGCUUUGAGUCCAGACCCCCUGCUGUUCCAUGGUGUUUCUAUAAAGUCCUUGUAGCAGAAGAGUGCUGAAAUGAUGCUUCAGACAAGGAACUAACUACUCUGCCAACAGAACAAUUCAAGCAAGAGGAUCCUAUGCCUCACAGCUUGUGCUCUAAUAAUGUUCAUUUGCAUGUCACUUUGCCUUGCAUUCACACUUAUUAUUUGCAAUAGGACUAUUAGUCUGGAGUCUUACACCCAGCUAGCAAAGCAACCACUGAAUACUGCUGCACAAAGAUCUGGGGAAACAUAUGUAGAACUACAUUAUAACUCAUAGAUUUUGUUCAUUUCAGAAAUUUGGCAUAUGGUCUCUGUUCAAAGCAAUAAAACUAUUCUUAUUUUUAAAAUGCAAAA